AUGGGGUACAGCGUCCCUAUAGCAGGGAGGGGACUCUUCCUCUUUCCUCCCCGUGUGACCGUCCCGUGGGGCUGGAGGUGGCCGCAUCCUGCCGGGUGCCCUGCAGCAUGUGAUGGCCCGGGCACUGACUGUGUGUGUGUGUGUGUGUGUGUGUCCCUCUCCUCUUCUCUCCUUCCCCAGUCGCUGCUUUUCCUGGGCUUGGUGGCUGCCGUCUGCCUCGGCCUCAACCUCCUCUUCCUCACCGUCUACCUGAUCUGCCUCUGCUGCUGCAAGAGGGACCAGGAGCCCGACACCAAGCGCCCCCACUCCUGCUGUGUCACCUGGAUGGCCGUCACCGCCGGGCUCAUCUGCUGCACGGCCGUCGGCAUCGGCUUCUAUGGGAACAGUGAGACCAACGAUGGGGUCUACCAGCUGCUCUACGCCCUGGACCACGCCAACCACACCCUCACCGGCAUCGACUCCCUGGUGGCGGGCACCACCCUGCAGAUGCAGGUGGGCUUGGAGCAGCACUUGGCCAGGCUGAACGAGGUGCUGGCCACCCGGGGGGACUACCUGCAGACCCUCAAGUUCAUGCAGCAGUUGGCCGGUGGCAUCGUCCUCCAGCUCUCGGGGUUGCCCGUGUGGCGAGGGGCCAGCGCCGAGCUGACCGAGCUGGCCGGCCACGUCUCCUACGUGGAGUAUUACCGGUGGUUGGCUUAUCUCCUCUUCUUCAUCCUCGUCCUCACCGUCUGCCUCCUGGCCUGCCUGGGGCUGGCCAAGCGCUCCCGCUGCCUCCUCACCACGAUGCUGUGCUGUGGGCUGCUCACACUCAUCCUCAGCUGGGCAUCCAUGGCUGUGGACACAGCGGCGGCGGUGGGCACCAGCGACUUCUGCGUGGCUCCAGAUAAGUUCAUCAUGAACCAGACGGAGAGCGACAUCAGCGCAGAGGUGGUUCACUAUUACCUGUACUGUGACCAGAGCCUGAGCAACCCCUUCCAGCAGGCUCUCACCGUCUUCCAGCGCUCCCUCACCACCAUGCAGAUCCAGAUCCAGGGCCUGAUACAGUUUGCACUGCCUCUCUUCCCCACCGCUGAGAAAGACCUACUGGGGGUCCAGCAGCUCCUCAACUCCUCUGAGACCAGCCUGCACCAGCUCACGGCCAUGCUGGACUGCCGGGGGCUGCACAAGGACUACCUGGACGCCCUUAUUGGCAUCUGCUACGAUGGGGUGGAGGGUUUGCUCUACCUGGUCCUCUUCUCCUUGCUGGUGGCCGCCUCCUUCUCCACCAUCAUCUGCGCCACACCACGGGCCUGGAAGCACUUCACUGGCAGGGACCGGGACUACGAUGACAUGGACGAGGAAGACCCCUUCAACCCGCAGGCCCGGCGCAUCGCCACCCACAACCCGGCCCGGGGGCAGCUCCGCAGCUUCUGCAGCUACAGCAGCAGCCUGGGCAGCCAGAGCAGCCUGCACCCCCCGGCCCAGACCAUCUCCAACGCCCCCGUCUCCGAGUACAUGAACCAAGCCGUGCUCUUCGGUGGGAACCCUCGCUACGAGAACGUCCCCCUCAUCGGCAGAGGUUCUCCUCCUCCCACGUACUCCCCGAGCAUGCGAGCCACCUACCUGUCCGUCACCGAUGAGCACAUCCGGCCCCACGGCACCGAGUUCCCGGCCUAAGGCGCUCGCCCCGAGCAGCUCCCGGGAGGAGGAAAACGCCGGCGGCGGCUCUUUAAUGCAAACCAAAGACACCUGGAAAAGAUGUGGUGGGGAGCCCGGCAGCAGCCAGAGGAUGAGCCCCCGGCAGUGGGGAGCCCCCCCUUCGUGCUCUGCCCACCCUCCUCUCCCCCUCGGCAGCUUCUGCUCGGUCUCAAGUCUUCCUUCCUUAUGGCUGAUGGUGACUCCGGGGCCAGACGUGGCACCGGGAAGCCCCGGAGAUGCUUCACUCCCCGGCAUCGGCUUCUCCUUUCCCUUCCCAUCUGCACCAGCUCGGGGAUGUUUUACGCCACGGAAGGGAGCCUUCCCCAGCUCCCUCUGCCUGGAACCACCAAACCUGGGGGCAAGGGCUGCCCUCCCCCUGGCACCAGCCCCUCGGGGAAGGGGUCCGGGUUCCUUCGCUCCCGUAGCAAUGCAGUACCAACCACUAGUGAUCCCAUGGGUGGCUUUGCUGCCUCCCCCCCCUCAAAUGCUCCCCUCUGCCAUGCUCCCGCUCCGCACGGGCAGAGCUGGCUCCCCGUGCCCCCCAUCGCUGCUCCCCCCCCCACCCCACCUUGGCCCUGGGUUUGGAGGCUGUAGAAUUAGGGAUGUUUUGGCCUUGCUGGAUUUCCUUUGCUUGGCUUCUGGGUUUUAUUUUCAUGAGUUCUCUGCAGGGCAGGGGCGCGGUUCGACUUGCUGCCUCUGCCCCGGUGUGGUUUUACUGGGCUGCUUGUUGGUAGCCAGUUUUUGGCUAGUUUGUAGGGGUUUAUUUUGGUGGUUUGGCUCCCUUGGGUGGGCAGGCCGGCAGCCUGCGCUGGGGUGGGCUCCCCGCCUGCUGCAGGACAGCCCUGGGGUAACCACAAAUCCCCUGGGAAGAGGGUUAGGGAUGACUCUGGUGUUCCUGAGGCAGGAUGUGGUCCCGGGGAGGGCAUGGUCCUGCCGUCAGGCUGGGACGACUCCAGCUCUCGUAGCCACCUUGGGCACCACUGCGGUGGCUUAUCCGGGGUUUGCUCCAGGGGUCUUUUUCCCUGUGAAUGGCUGUACCUUGCUGCGGGUGAGCGAGGGCUUUCCCUCUCUGAUUGCAAUUAGCAGCCUCCUGUGCUGCCGGUGGUGGUUCUCCAUCCCUUCCUCCCUGCUUUGGCUAACAGUGCUGUGGCCUGGCAGCCCCCCCGGGGUGCCAGGCUGUCCCCCUCGGGCCACCUGGGGGGUCUUACUUGAUAGCAGUGACUCACUGUGUCUUUUAAAGAUAACUUGUACAUACCCUCUGUUCCCCUAACGCCGUCUGUCCGUGUUAUGUGUGACUAGCAUUAUUUGCUAUUGGAAACUUCAGGGGACUUUUUUUUUUUUUUUUUUUUUUCCAGCUUUUAAUGUUUCGAUGUAACGGUACUGGUAGAAAAGAGCUGUUUUUAAAACGCAUGUUGAACUAACCUCAUUAGGACUCCGUCUAGGAGCUGGAGUCCGGCCUGAUUUGUAUGUGCCCUUUGGGGAAAACGACAAUAAACACUUGUACUAAA